CUCCUCAGUAAUUCCUCAACAACAUCCAAUCCAUUGAAACUGUUAAGACGGUUAUUAUACCUCCUUACAUAUCCCUCAACCACCUGCCUAAUAACACAUGUGUGAUUUGUAUUUGUGACGAAAAGGCGGGAUGGGUUAGGUGUUCUCGCAAACUCUUUGAUAAACAAUUAAAAAAGGCCCGUCCGAUUCAGGAUCUUUGAACCUUUUGCGGGGAGCCAGGCACCACCACCUCCCUUACAUACAUCCCUCCACACAGCCUUACUUACCUACAGCACCCCAUUCUUUGAGUCGCGUAAACUGAGAUUCCCCGCGCUUAUCGCAGAUUCAUCCGCAAUGACGACGCCCGAAGUAUCCCACGGCCGAGGCGGAGCCGGCAACAUCCACGAGGACAACACCAAGUACGUCGACGGCGAGAUCGUGCGCGAAGGCACUGAAGGCAGCCACGGCGACGGCGCAUUUAGCACCGGGCGAGGAGGAGCAGCAAACAUAGCCGACACCAGCGUCCCCGCCGCCGCGCGCGCAGACCGGGAAGUCGUGCCCGAGGAAGCCACGCGUCCGUCCACCGACGACGCCAGCUUCCACGUCGGCCGCGGCGGCGCCGCAAACGUGCACUUAUCGCAGCAGGAUCAGCAGAAGCAGGAGGCCAAGCACGCUACACCCGCUCCCGCCCCUGCCCCCGCGGCCGCGGCGAAAGUCGUUGAUAGCCCUGCUGGAGCGACGGCGGCGCCGAAGGCGAAUCAGGGGUUGGCUGAUAAGUUGAAGAAUAAGAUUUUUGGGGUUUUUAAGAAGUAGAGGGUAAGAGGUAAAAUGAGGGUGAUGGGGUUAGGAUUGCGGAUGAGAUUUGGUGUGCGCGGAUAGGUGGAGGGGUUGGCUGCCUAUGGGCGUAGGAAGGGACGGUGCGGGAAGUGAGGUUGACGAUAAUAUGAGUACCUUUUCUUUGCGUUGCGACGGAGACAGCAAAAAGGAGGAGAGAAAAGUUGGUCUCCUGAUUUUAACUUAAUAUCCCAGCUAGCAGUCGCAGCGCUGCUGGUUUUGAUUUCAAUUUACAUUACGAUGAUAUCCCGCGUCUAAGUCACCGUACUAAAAUAAUCAAGUCAGAUGUGGGCUACGAUAAUUCGUAGAGAACCCGGUUUUUAACUCUCUACAU